GUCUAUUUGUUGCAUUCUCGAUUUCAAUUAAACGAGAGGAGCGAAAGAAAUUGGAAAGAAAUAGGAAAAUCAUGCUCCUUGGCAUUUUAUUUUGUAAAGAAAAAAAAAAGAUUUAUGAAAAUCUUUCCUCCCAAAGUGUGGAGAUUUGGGGAGAAAGAUAUCUAUCGUUGAUCUAAAUCUUGAACAUUUACCUAAUUACCCUUUAGGUAUCUUUCUCAAGCCAGCAUAGCGUAACCUCUCUUCCUCGCCAUUGUUCUCCGCUCCACCACCAGCCUCCAAGCCACUGUGCCUUCUUCAUCCCUGCCACAGACAAAACAUGAUUAUUGGGGGUUUUUGAACGGACUGGAAACUUGUUGGGCUCGAACACAGUGUUAAAGUUCAUCCUUUCACCACCACAAAAUUCCCCCAUAUCAGAUCCUACUCCCUCCAACAUCCUCUCAUGGCGAAUGUAGCUUUCCAACUACAACCCAAUUUCAAUUUCAACCCUUUGUUCCAACAGACAUUCCGUUCACCUCCACUUCGCUCUUUACCAAUCAAGUUGUCUUUUGCUUUCAAAUUGAACUACUCUUCUUACAAGAUGAUCAGAUAUUCCCCCAAAUUGAGAGUUGAAUGCUUCUUUAUGAGCCCUAAGCCUAAAGGGGAAAAUGUAAUCGGGGGAAUUGGAAGCCUGGAAGAUAACGAUCAUAACCAUAGUUGCACUGCAUUGGCUGCAUCCAGUGGAGUUGGGUCAACGGUUGGACUUCAACCAUCGGUUGGAGAUGAAUUAGGUUUUGGCGCCUCCAUGAUGAUGUUGGGUUCCAUUCUUACGGUGGUGGCCUUCUGCUUAGUGGUUUUUAAUACCGAGAGAAAAAGUGUUCUGAAGCUUCAGGUUGGAUUGUCGGGUACUAGUAGAUCACUGCAAAAGGAUCUCAAUCGGAUUGCUAAGACAGCUAAUAGAUACAGCCCGGAGGGCUUGAGCUCCGUAGGCUUGAGCUAUUUAUUACAAGAGACAACACUAGCUCUACUUCGACAUCCUGAUUUUUGCAUCUCUGGUUAUUCCUCUGUGUAUACGAAAAGGAGCAUAAACGAAGUUGAGAACCAAUUUAAUCAACUUUGUAUUGAAGAAAGGGGUAAAUUUGCUGUGGAGACAUUAGUCAAAAUCAACAACAUCGGAAAGCAACAUGCAACAACUCAAAUAUAUAAAGACUUCCGUAACGAGUAUAUUGUGAUUACGAUCAUUGUGGCUGCUGAAGGCGGAUAUAACCUGCCGACUAUAAACAGCAGUGCAAAAUUAAAGGAAGCAUUGAUAAAACUGGCGACUAUUCCUUCAAGCAGAAUUAAGGCACUGGUGGUGCUUUUGACACCACCAAAUGAAAAUGAUGCUGUUACAGAACAAAAAUUUCUUGAAGAUUAUUCGCUGUUGCAUCCUCUAUAGGUCACCUAAAUGUUGAAGCUUUUGGGAUUUGAGACCUCUCCAAAUUGGAAUGUUCAUAUAACUCUUGUGAUAACUUUUGCAGUGGUAUGGUAUUUUAUAGCAACAAGAGAAAGAUAUAAGCUUUUGUGGCUUCAGGGUUGUAGAAAACAUUCAUUUUUGGGACUUGAAUUAUAUUUUUUUUUUGAAGAAAUAUUUUUCAUGAGACCAGAUAUCAUGGAUGUUUGGAUCUUUUUUUUUUCAAAUCGUAGUGAGAUUAAAAGUUUAUUCAAGUUAAGGAUAUUUAGAGGUGAUUUAUCUAAUUAGUUCUAAUUUUGAAUAUAGAGAUGAUCAUCCCUUUCUAUAAUGAACUCGAUUAUAACUUUUGUAAUAUUUAUAAAGUCUACAUUGUGUAUAUUUUUUACUUUGGUUUUAAUUGAUCU